AUGGCCCAGGAGCAGGGACGUGGGGAUGAGGCCAUGGAAGUUGUCGGAUGGGAUGGCGGCGCCGAGGGGCAGGAGCUUGACACGGAGUUCCAGACUGGGGAUUGCCUGGAAGUAGAGUUCGAGGAUGAUGAAGCGCCGGAUGACGACGGCGUCGAUGACAUGGGAGAUGAGGAGGUUGGUGUCAUCCCGGAGAGCGAGAUUUACUCCGAUGAGGAGGUCGGCGCUACAACUGACGAUGCGUUGGCGAAAGUCGUUCACGAGGACAGCGUGCUGUCGGUGGCCAUCUGCCCCACAGACAGGAGUAUUCUGCUCACGGGUGGACAGGAUGAUUCUGCCGUUCUCUGGUCUAUAGAAGAGAAGGAUGGAUCCCUCAGGUGUAGCCAGAGGUGUCGUUUGCAAGGACACACAGACUCCGUCGUGGAGGUGGCCUUCAGCACGGAUGGAGCCUAUGCGGCUACAGCUUCCUAUGAUGGCACGGUGAGGAUUUGGAACUCUGGAGAUGGCUCCCUGGUGCAGCACUUGGAGGGGCCCUCGAAGGAGAUAGAGUGGAUCCUGUGGCAUCCGAAGGGCCAUGCCAUCCUCGCAGGGUCGAACGACACAAUGGCAUGGAUGUGGUGGGCCCCCAGCGGCAAAGUGAUGCAGAUUUUUGCAGGCCACGCGGCAGGCGUGACGUGCGGGUGCUGGGGCCUAGGUGGCAAGGUUGUCGUCACUGGUUCUGAAGAUCAUGGUGUCAUCGUGUGGAAUCCACGCGCAGGAACGCCACAGCAUCACAUAAGAGAGGUUCAUGAGAGUUCGAUCAUUUCCAUUUGCUCUCAUCCCGAAUCGCCAAUCGUCGUGACCGGCGCGGAGGAUGCCACGGCCAAGAUUCUGCAGAUCGAGACCGGCAAGGUGCUUGAGCCCUUACCUGGUCACAUCGAUUCCGUAGAAGCCGUUGCGUUUAGCAACGCGCCUCCGAAGAGCACGCUGUUGCUCGCAACUGGAAGCAUGGAUGGCACGGUUCAGAUUUGGGAUGCCAAGUCCAUGGACCUUCGCUGCACCAUAAAGGAUCACUUCGAGAAGGGUGGUAUUGUCAAGCUCAAGUGGCUGCCCGGUUCCACGUUCGGGAACUGGUUCUGCACCUGCUCGACCGACAAGACAUUAAGACUGUUCAAUGGCUUGUCUGGCGACUGCCAAAGAACUCUGCAGGGCCACUCUGAGACAGUCUUGGGUUUGGACUUGUCCUUGGGCGAGGUGAAUGGAAAGCCACAGCUCGUCGUGGCUUCUGCAUCCGAGGACAGAAGCAGCCGGAUCUUUGUUGUGGCGUUGUGGACGGCCGGUGCUGAGGUUGCUACAUGUGGAGUGAGCCCCACUGGCGGCUACAGCCUGCCUGGCCUGCCUACGGCUUCAUACGGUUUGCCUUCGCCAGCAUUGCAGGCAACUGGUGCCGGUUUGGAGGCUCCAAAGGAAACAAGCCAGCAGACGGCAACGCCAACUGCCAGUCCCGGCGAGCCAGCGACUCCCGCCGGGCCCGGGCUCUCGCCUUCAAGCAUGCCUGUCUGA